CUCUCUCUACCUUCCUUCAUCUUCCAUUUAAGCAUCAUCUUUACACAGACAAAAAAAACAGAGGAUGGAUAAUUGGGAGCAAUCGCUUCCAAGCUACAAAACCAGAAGAAAUCCACAAAACAUAUCAUUUUCCUCCACCCUUCUCGAUGAAAUUUACCGAUCAAUUGACGGCGCCGACGAAUUUAAGCUUCACAGAAGCAGACCAUCAACUGAAAGGAGCAAAAAUGGAGUUACCUCACUUAAGCCCAACAAACCCAGCAAGACCGUUAAAGAAGAAGAAGAAAUCAAUGUUCAUAGUUUCCGCCGGGAGAAACUAAAGGUGCCGCCUUGCCGGCGUCGUUCACUACCGGAGUUAUACAGAGCAUCCCGUGAAAUCGAUUUUGACCCUGUACCAUUCAGUUCAUCUUCAAGCUCAUCUGAUUCAAGCUCCGGCGGACUUUCCUCAUCCGACGUUGAAUUCAUCGGCGUCGCCAAAUCUCGCGUUUCUCGCGUUUCCUGUUUCACAGUCUUAAGGCCAAAGUCAGUUAAGACUGUUGUCCCAUCGAAAACAGAGAAACCGGCGAAGGUUUCCGAUUAUCAAUCCGACGGUGGCCACCGUCCCUUCGAUGAUACUGAUGGUUUGAUAAAAUCAAAAUUAAGGGCAUUAAAGAUUUACAACAAUGUGAAGAAAUCAAAGCAGCAACCCACAUCCCCUGGUAGCGGUCGUCUUACAAAUUUUCUAAACUCUCUGUUUUCCAACAAUGGUGGAAAUCCAAAGAAGACGAAGAAUCAAAACAUCGUCAGUGCAGAAACAACUCAACCCUCUUCAACAUGUUCUUCGACAGCAUCUUAUUACAGGUCGUGUUUGAUUAACAAGGAGAAAACUAAUGGUGAGAAGAAGACGAAAGUCCGGUUCGAUACUGUGAAUGUGAUUGUGAACCGGGAUGAUGCUGACUUGGACGAUGAGAGUGAUUCGAGUUCUGAUUUGUUCGAGCUUGAUCAUUUGGCUAUGGAUAAAUAUGGAGAAGAACUGCCCGUUUAUGAAACAACUCAUGUUCAUCUUGGUCUAAAUCGAAUUAAUGUUCGUUAAUUAUAAGAUAUAUUUAUAUUAUAUUAUUAGCUAGCUAGGCAGUUGGGGUUUAAUUGGUAUAAUUAAUAAUUAAUUGGUUGGGAAUGGGGGUUUUAAUUGAUUAUAUAUUAUUAUUAUGUGUGCUUUUAAUGUAUUGUGGUAUAAUCUUUU